AUCGCUUCCUAUUCAUCAUUAUCUUCUGUGCUUUAAUCAGCCAAGUGUUUCUUCAGAUCAUGAACUCUUAGAAUAAGAAAUAAGGCCUACAUACACUUGCAAUGUCGAAGGCACCCAAGAAAAAGGCGUCCGCCUCCAGCCUCGUCGCUUCUUCGCCUGGACACUCUCCCAAAAAAGAAGCAUCGUCGUUGGUUGGUGCAUCAGAAAGCCCUGUAGAGUCAAAAAAGAGUCUCAUUUCUCUCUGGCCGGAGUGGAAUGACACAGAUGUCAAUGCAGAAAAAUGGGAUGCACCUAAAGCCCCCAAGGAUAGCAAGCUCUUUGAUGACCCAGAAGGGAAGGUUGAACUUCCUUCUUCCUUGAGGAUACACACUUGGAAACGACCUUCAGACUUCAUACUUAAAAAGAUUCCAGUUGUGGUGGAGAAUGCAGAUACUUUUGACCUCACUUCAGCAAAUGAGCAUUUAUUCUCAAGUGAGCUCAUGCGAUGGAUCAUUAGUGAGUGCUACAUUCUGUGGAAAGUCUGCAACACCAGAGAGGACAAGGCCGUCUCCACAGAAACAGUUUGGAGACCCUGGGAACACAUCUACUCGAUGUGCAAAGCAGGAAAGGAUCACAUGCCGCUAUAUAACACCUAUGGGAAGUAUGUCAUUAAACUGUACUGGCUGGGAAGUUGGAGGAAGAUUACUGUUGAUGACAUGUUACCCUUUGACAAGGAUGAUAAUCUGCUGCUUCCUGCCACUACUAACCAAUACGAGCUGUGGCCCAUGCUGUUGGCAAAGGGCAUACUGAAGGUGGCCAGUACAGACACUCCAGUCUCAGGCUCCGGGAGAGAGUUUGGAGAGUUUACGGUCAUCCACUGUCUCACUGGCUGGAUACCGGAGAUCAUUCCAUUAAAAUCCUGGUGUACUGGGAAGAUUUGGGAAUUUCUAAGGGUCAAUGUUGCUCAGUUCCAGUUGGAGGAAGAGAGCUCAGAAGAGAACACCACAACUACUGAUUCUAAUGUGAACAAUGUCCAGAGCGAAUCUCCAAAAUUACCUAAGAGCAGAGCCACUGGUUCUGUUCCUCAGAUAGUAGUGUGUGCCAGUUACCAGCCCCUGCACCUGAUGGAGAAAAGAACCUCAAUGCUCACAAGGAUGGCUGAUUCGUCUGAGAGUCUGAGACAGUAUGGGCUCUCUCAGCUCUUCAGUCACCCAGUGCUUCUCACCUGCACUCGAGACUGUCCUCUAGUGGCCCCUCCUAAAACACCUCCACUGCCUCAAUGGAAACUCAUCCGGCCUCGCAAGCAGACUAACAUUACCGAUGAGCCCAAGGAACCCCCCGUUCAGAAACCAGAGCAGUUCAUUGAGGUUUCCAGCCCAUUCAUCAACUUCAAACUCAUGACCAUGAGUGCACAUGAAAUGGAGCAUGGAGGUUUAAAGAAGCGCAUGUAUAACUCUAAUCUGACUUCAUUUUCUGAAAUGGAUGAUACCGAAGAUGACCACUUUCAAAAUGACAUCAUCCAGAACAGCGUAAAUACACUGGAAACGAAUGAAAACACCCAGGUACCAGCAGAGGACAAGAAAAAGGACAACAGCAUCGCCAAUGAUACAGAAGGAGUAGAGUCAACUGCAGCCCCUGACAAAGAGACAGACAGAAAAGACAACGCGAGAGUACAAACUGGUAAGGAGUCCAGUUUGUUUCAGUCCCAGGAUGCAUUAGCUUCAAACAAACCCCUGCUGCUGAAGACCUGGGUGGACCUGCACAACUUCACUAAAUGUUUCCAGACACUGCUGAUUUUCCACAAGCCAAACAUGUAUCCCCAUCAAUUCAAAACAUCACACUUUAAGAACUCCAUCUCCUCUCGACUGUCUGCUGCUGCAUUGUCCAACACUGUGGCCUCCACCCACUCUGUGGCUGCUCUUCCUAAACAAUCUGAUUUGACUGGAAAUAUUCACACACAGUCUGCAGACGGAAAAGGUUCUUACUUCCUGUUUUCAGAUAACCUGUUAUCCACAGAAAUUGUCAUCGGUUUCACAGCCUUGGUGCACUGGGGAGAAAGUGUGGAAGAGAGAAAGGAGUCUUCAACCAGACCUGGUUGUCUAACAGCAAAGCCUUUUUCAUGGAAAAGCAUCAUCUCUAAACUUCCUGUGGUGCAGAUCCAAACCACUGCUUGUAAAGCUGUGCUACUCUCCCUUCCUCCUGGGCGCCAUGUCCUUCAAGUGCAUACAAAUGCUUCAUUGGCCGUCCACCUACAUCUCUGCAGCAAGUCUCCUUUUGUGUUUGGUGAUGAAGAAACUGUCAUGCCAUACCUUGACAAGGAGAGUCUGAGAUUCUGUGAACAGGCUGUGACGAUCGUGAGAGCUCUGGGUUGUGUGAUUAGCUGCUUUUCUGAUCCAGAGGAACUACCAUUGACCACCAAAGAACUUGAGAAAGCACAUGGCAUGGGCAUAAAGCAGCAAAGGGUGUUCAGUGAGGCAGUCUAUCAUAUGUUUUUCUCUGUUCUGGGACGGAAACUGACAUCUGAGGAGCUGUUUGCAGUUCAAACUCUGACUGGAGACCCAUCGCCACAUGGUAGCAAUGAAAAGCCCUUGGAAGCACGAUCAGCAGAUGAGACUCCAGAGGGCUGGACUGGCAGGCAGGCCACAGACAAGGAAAUGCAGGCAGCAAUAGUCUUGCAGGCCGGAUGGAAGGGAUACCUAGUUAGAGAGAUCCUCACUGCAGCAAGACCAGGCACCAAGGAAAAUAUGAGCGUCGCUAAGACUCUGCAAGAGAUUUGGGCUCCUGUGGAAUCAGAUGUAGAGAAGCAUGCCGUAUCUUUACUAAGACACAUGGUCACUAAUGGUGAAGGAAUAGCAGAGCUGUACCCCUGUAGAGAGGAUGAGUGCACAAGAAUAACAUUCACUGACUACUCAGUGCCUGUACCAGAGACGGCAAACUCCUGGAUUCUGAUCUUCAGGGAGGUGUUUCGAGUUCCUAAGAACAUGCUACUUGUUCCUAAAAUGUUCUCCCCUAUUCCUGUAUGUAUUUUGCAUGUCAUCAAUAAUGACACAUUAGAGAAGAUACCAAGAGUCUUUAACAAUGUGGAGCCAUACAUGUAUACACCCAACAAGGGUGGUUAUACAUUUGUUGCCGAGGCACAUACAGGAGACGUGCCUGUGAUUGGAGGAAAAUGGCGAAUGCGGCUGAUUGGCUCUCGAGAACCCUUACCAUUGCUUGCCAGAGAAGCACCAUGCAAUGACUUUUCUGUAAAAGAGUUGAAGGGUUACUACAUCCCUAAUCAAAAGAACAUCAUCUGCAGACAUGUGGUUAAAGUCUCUAGUGAGCACAGUGCUACUGUGCAGUGUCAGACCUCCAAAUCAGAUGUCUACAUUAAACUGAGCAUCCUGGACCAUGAGAAAGAGGUCGCUAGCUGUCAGGGCAAAGGGCAUGUCAUCAUCCCUGUCUACUGCUUUUUAGCCAGCAAUGGCAGUUCUGUGGCCCAGGCGGAGGCAAGGCAGGAUCAGGGCAGCCUUACAGCAGAAGAGAGAGUGACAGGAACGGGUGGAGGAAAGGAAGGCAAUGACCAACACCCUACAGACACACUGUUUCAUAAGUAUUACAUACAGGCGGAGGUGUUACAGGAGAGUUGGCCAUUAGAUGAAGCUCUCUCGUCCUUCAUACAGAAGCUUAGAGAUGAGGAGCGCAAUGAAAUGAGAGUGUUUGGAGAUAUUCUGGAUGGCACAUCUAUGCCUGUGGGUACAGACCAACAAAACAGAGAGGGCCAGAAAUCUGCUCCCAAAUCAACCCACAAGGCCAAGGAAAAAGAAAAGGACAAGGACAAAUUAGCAUUAAAGUCGAGCUCCAUCAUGGACCUGAGUUUAGAUGUAAGUAAGCCUCACUGGACGCUGCGUGUGGUGAGUGACCAGAGUGAAGCAGGAAAUAUAGAAGUAAAGAAAGACACUGAGAGACUGGAGGAGAUCAGAGCCAUGAAACUGGCCUGGGAAUCAGCUGAGCCUGGAAGAGCUAUGAAGGCUCAUCAGUCCAGACUGCGUUAUCUGAAAGUGCUGGAGGAACGUGCAGAGAGUAAAGAACCUGCUGGCACAGAGACACAGCCUCAGUCCAAACAAAGUGGAGAAUUCACAAUGAAAGCUGACAAAAAAGAUAUUGAUUGUACACCAUUUAUCAGGAAGUCUUUGCCACAGCCUCGUCUGAAGAAUGAGGAGGUCGAGGAGGAGCAAAGAAGAGAACGUUCUGAGAAGUUCCAAAGUUUCCGUCUGAUCUGGGACAAUAUUCUGGAACAGCGGAAACAGGAAAAAACUGCACGUAAAGAAAUGAUGAAACGACAGAUGGAGACCUGCAUUGGCUUUCAGGACACUAUGGAUGCAUAUCGACAAAAGAUGCUAGAGGCUCGUGAGGCAUUCCGGUCCUGCAUUCUGAAGGAGCAGCCACGUAAGAAAAUGGAGGAGAAACCUAUGGAAACAGUUGAAAAGGUUGAGACUGAAAGCAACACUGCUGUCCAGCAAAGUGGACGUAAGAGCGAGGGCAAAAGGAAGUGAUCAUUCCCUCAUUUUAUUGAUAUUCUUCUUUUUUUGAUUUAGAAUAUUAUCUUAAAAUAGAAGGAUUCCUUUGUAAUAAGUGAAUCCAGUUUGUAAGAUUAGCAUGCAGGGUCGCCUCUCGCUGUCAGGUUAUCUUGCUCUGUGAUUCUUUAUUUAAAUGGGUACUGUCAGGAUUGAUCCGAGUAGCUCUGAAUGAUAGCCUGUCUCGUCGCCACUGAUUUUGCUUCCCAGAAGACUUAAAAAGUAUUUCGGGAAUCGUGUAGUUCCUACGUACUUGCUUAUUGCUAGAUGCCAGUUUACUACAGCUUUUAAAGAUCCAAUUAGAUAUUUUUUUUCAUUCAUGGUUUCAGAUUUUUUGCAUGUUGUACAGUAGUUCAAGCUACAGCACUGAUGCUAAAUAAAAUGAGACAAUCACAAGGAAAUGCCAAUGUCAUUUGAUUAAACAAUAACAUAAAAUAAAUAAACAAACACUUGAUGAA